CAGAUUUUCAUAAAUAAUGAGUGGCAUGAUGCAGUCAGUAAGAAAACCUUCCCUUCUAUCAAUCCAGCAACGGGAGAAGUUAUCUGCCAGGUUGCUGAGGGUGAUAAGGCAGAUGUGGACAAGGCUGUUAAGGCAGCCAAGGCAGCUUUCCAGCUGGGUUCGCCUUGGAGGAGGAUGGAUGCUUCUCAUCGGGGGAAACUGCUGAAUCGUCUUGCUGACCUGAUCGAGAGGGACCGGGCUUACCUGGCGGCGCUGGAGACUCUGGAUAAUGGCAAACCGUACUCCACCUCCUACCUGGUGGAUUUGGACAUGGUAGUCAAGUGUCUCAGGUACUUUGCAGGCUGGGCAGAUAAAUUCCAUGGCAAAACCAUCCCAUUGGACGGGGACUUCUUCUGUUACACAAGACAUGAGCCGGUGGGAGUUUGUGGACAGAUAAUCCCGUGGAACUUCCCGCUCUUGAUGCAAGCAUGGAAACUGGGGCCUGCCCUGGCUACUGGGAACGUGGUUGUGAUGAAAGUGGCGGAGCAAACUCCGCUGAGUGCUCUCUAUGUGGCUAAUCUAAUCAAAGAGGCUGGAUUCCCACCAGGCGUGGUGAACAUCAUCCCCGGGUAUGGGCCCACUGCAGGGGCGGCCAUCUCUUCCCACAUGGAAAUAGAUAAAGUGGCCUUCACUGGCUCCACGGAGGUUGGGCACCUGAUCCAGAAGGCUGCAGCAGAGAGUAACCUGAAGAGGGUGACGCUGGAGCUGGGAGGAAAGAGCCCAAAUAUAAUCAUGUCUGAUGCAGACAUGGACUGGGCUGUGGAUCAAGCCCAUUUUGCCCUCUUCUUCAACCAAGGGCAGUGCUGCUGUGCUGGAUCCCGAACAUAUGUCCAGGAAGAUAUAUAUCAUGAGUUUGUGGAGAGGAGCGUUGAGAAGGCCAAGUCCAGGGUGGUUGGAAACCCAUUUGACUUUAAAACUGAGCAGGGGCCUCAGGUAGAUGAAGAGCAAUUUAAGAAGAUCCUCGGUUACAUCAGUACUGGGAAGCGUGAGGGAGCCAAACUGCUGUGCGGUGGCAAUGCCGCUGCGGAGAGAGGCUAUUUCAUCCAGCCAACUGUCUUUGGCGAUGUGCAGGACAACAUGACGAUUGCCAGAGAGGAGAUAUUUGGGCCAGUCAUGCAGAUUCUGAAAUUCAAAACAAUUGAGGAAGUCAUUGAGAGAGCAAACAACUCCAAGUACGGCCUAGCGGCAGCAGUCUUUACCAAAGAUCUUGACAAAGCGAACUACGUGUCACAGUGCCUGCGAGCCGGAACGGUUUGGAUAAACUGCUACGAUGUGUUUGGUGCACAAGCCCCCUUUGGCGGAUACAAAGCUUCUGGGAAUGGGCGAGAGCUGGGAGAAUAUGGUCUGGAGGCAUAUGUGGAGGUGAAAAAUGUGACUAUCAAAAUUCCACAGAAGAACUCCUAAAGGGCAGCAGCCCCUCCCUGCAUUUGGAAACACCUGUGCAGCUUCAUGUGAUACCAAGCAAGGAAACCUCUUUUUACACACACAAAACUUAGGUGGAAAAUAGGUAACUCUGCAUUAAGAAAUGAUUCUUUAGAAGGUGCCUGAAGGAGCUUUUGUAAAAAAACCCCACCAUUACUUGUCUUUCUCUUUUUAAAAUACCCAAUACAGUCACUUGAGUAGUAACGCAUUACACCGCUGUACUCCCGUUGCACUUGUGUCUGAUGGAUGUG